UUUUGAUCGCUAGUAGUAGUCUGCAUAUCCAACCGAAACUGUCCUCUCAUAGGAACGUACAGCAGAAAAUAAGGAAAUCGUCGGACAGUUUAUGUUGCUGCACGUGUGAACGUUGUCUGACUUUUUCACAGCGUGUUAAAAAUGCCCCUCAUAAUAAUGUGUGGUUAUCCAUGUAGUGGGAAAUCCAAAUGUGCAGAGGAGUUAAGGCAUUAUUUCACACAACAUACAGACAGAAAGGUUCACGUUAUAGAUGAUGACAUCUUGGGAAUUGAAAAGAAUUUGGUCUAUGCAGAUUCUCAAAACGAGAAGAAUUUGAGGGGUGCUCUCAAAGCAGAAGUAGAACGAAAGGUCACCAAAGAUGAUAUUGUUAUUUUGGACUCAUUGAACUACAUUAAGGGAUACAGAUAUGAGCUUUUUUGUAUAAUCAAGCACACACAAACACCUCACUGUCUGGUUUACUGUUUGACGUCAGCUGAAGUAAGCUCAGGCUGGAACAGGAGUAGAGAAUCCGGUGCCCAGUACACUCAGGAGAUUCUAGAUGCACUAGUUUUACGUUUUGAAGCACCUGAUUCCAGAAACAGAUGGGAUAGCCCCCUUUUCUCAAUCCAGAAAGAAGACUUGCUUCCAUUUGAGGCUAUAUCUGAUGCUAUCUUGAAGAGAAAAGCACCGCCUCCUAACCAGUCCACCCAGAGUCAACCUCUGACAUCCACCAACUUUUUGUAUGAGUUGGACAAAGUAACCCAAGAUGUGUUGAUGGCUAUUCUUGACUCUCAGAAGACGAGUAUCCCUGGAGAUCUAAUUGCAAUUCCUGGAGCAACAGAAAAAAUAGAGCUGACCAGAAAUCUCAACAUGGCUGAGCUGAGGAAGCUUCGACGUCAGUUCAUUAGUUACACCAAAAUGCAUCCAACUGAGAACAUUGGACAUAUAUCAAACAUGUUUGUGCAGUAUCUCAACAAGAGUAUGCACUAAUUAUUUUAACAUUAUUGUAUUUGAAUCGCUCCAGUUAUACAGUUGAAUUUUUGACUUCCAUUUUCCUGGUCUGUACUCUUACACAGAUGCGGUUUUAUUUUUGUAAGACAUUUUAUGAAAUAUGCUAUGUUUCUAUAUAUGAAUAAAAAUGUCCAGCUCUGA